AUGCUUAAUCCAUUCAACUGUCAUCCUCUCCUUCCUACUCCUUUUCAUUUCUCUAUUUCUUUCUUUUCUUCUUUAUGCUUAAUCCAUUCAACUGUCAUCCUCUCCUUCCUACUCCUUUUCAUUCUCUAUUUCUUUCUUUUCUUCUUUAUGCUUAAUCCAUUCAUCUGUCAUCCUCUCUUUCCUACUCCUUUUCAUUUCUCUUUUUUUUCUUUUCUUUCUUUAUGCUUAAUCCAUUCAUCUGUCAUCCUCUCUUUUCCUACUCUUUUUCAUUUCUCUAUUUCUUUCUUUUCUUCUUUAUGCUUAAUCCAUUCAACUGUCAUCCUCUCCUUCCUACUCCUUUUCAUUUCUCUAUUUCUUUCUUUUUCUUCUUUAUGCUUAAUCCAUUCAUCUUCAUCUCCCUCUCUUACUCCCCCUUCUCUUUCUCCUCCUUUACAUUUUUUUUAUUUGCUUGUUUUCCAUUUUCUUUAUUCCUUCUUAUUUUUUCCCUAUCCAACUGUCCUUCUCUUUCUUUUUCAACUUCUAUGCACGCACGAAGCACAAUCCACGUUGUCCACAGACACGGCCCUGGCACUGGUGAAACCCGAAUUACUCAGGGAAGGAGUUUGCACUUUUCAAAAGGUCACGUACUCGAACGGCGCCAAAUGGUACACAAAUGUUAUUUUGUUAGGAGAACCAACGUGUGGAACCUGCAUGUGUAAGAAUGGCAAGACAAAAUGUAAAUGGACCAAGUGUCCUCGACUUAAAUGCAAGUCGAUUGUACGAAACAAGAACUCUUGCUGCUUCCGAUGUCUGCGUAGAAGGAACAGAUCUAGAAAGAAUGGACGUAAAAGACUCUGA